AUGGUAUGGAAUUCCAACUCACACGAAGAAGCAUAUGAAUUUUAUUUGAAAUAUGCUAAGAUUAUAGGAUUUGGCAUCUUAAGAAGAUCUAGUCGUCGAUCAAAGAUUUCUAAUGAGUUUAUAGAUGUUAAGUUUGUUUGUACAAGAUUGGGAUCAAAACGAGAAAGUAUUUCAUGUAAUCCACGUCCUUGCUUGAAGAUAGAUUGUAAAGCAACAUUGCAUCUUAAAAGGAGAUUAGAAGGAAAGUGGUAUGUUUAUAAUUUUAUCAAAGAACAUAAUCAUGAAGUUUAUCCAGCUCAAGCUCAUUAUUUCACAUGUCAUAGAAGCAUCAAACCUUCAAACAAGGAGACCAUUAACACUCUACAUGCAGUUGGGGUAAGCACAACUAAAUUUUUUGCUGUUAUGGCAAAAUCAAAUAAUGGAUAUGAAAACAUUGGAUGUUUGGAGAAAGACAUAAGAAAUCAUUUGGACAAGGAAAAACGCUUGGCACUAGCUUCCGGGGAUGCUAGUGCGAUGCAAGAGCUUUUCAUGCAUAUGCAAGAAGAAGAUUCUAAUUUCUUUUAUGCAAUUGACUUGGAUGAAGAGCAACGCCUUAAAAAUGUCUUCUGGGUGGAUGCAAAAAGUCGAGAAGAUUAUAAAAUUUUUGGAGAUGUUGUCUCAUUUGACACCACAUACAUCACAAAUAAAUAUAAAAUGCCAUUUGCUCCAUUCAUUGGUGUAAACAACCAUUUUCAAACUUCAUUGCUUGGCUGUGCAUUACUUGCACAUGAGACUAAAUCAACAUUUGUUUGGCUAAUAAAAACAUGGCUUAGAGCUAUGGGUGGGAAAGCUCUACAUGAUCUUGAAGUGUCAAAAACAAAAGGUGCACCGAAACGAAUAAAGAGCGGACUUGAAAACUCACGCAAAAGAAAAUCCAAUGACAAGUCCAAAAAGCAACUUAAGCAAGAUAGUAAGGAAUAUAUUUUUCUCAAUGAUGAUGAAUGUAUAAAUGGAACGUUUUGA